AUGUUUAAAAGACGUGUUUUCAUUGACAAAUCUACUGGAGACAAGUAUUGCAUCGGUGGUCUUAUAGAGACAGAAGAAGAGUAUGUACACGAAUGGUUACAAAAGACGUUUAAUGAUCUUGUUCAAUUCACUUCUCCACAACUUCCACGUAAAGUAGAUCUUCGUUCACAUAUGACACCUGUUGAAAAACAAGGGGAUACGAUGACCUGCACAACGAACGCUCUUGCAGGAGCUUUGGAAUAUUUGUUAAAAAAAAGUACUGGUGAUAAUAUUGAUGUAAGUCGCUUAUUUAUUUAUUACAAUGCUCGACUUAAAACUAAACCAGAUGGAAAAAUCGCAGAUUCAGGUACUCGUAUACCUAUAGCUAUAGAAGUAUUAAAAGAAUCUGGUACUUGUCUUGAACAAGUUUGGCCAUUCGAUAUGAAAAACUUAAAUAAACGUCCCAAUAGUGAAGCCUACGAAGCAGCCCACCAAUAUAAGAUCAUUGAGGCAUUAAAAGUUAACAUCGAUUUAGAUGAUAUGAAAAAAUGCCUUGCACUUGGAUAUCCAUUUAUAUUUGGAUUAAAAACAUUUGCACUAUAUCAGAAAGCAAAAAAAACCGGUAUGGUCCCAAUGCCAAAUCCAGAAGCCACAUCGCCAGAAUGGAUAUUUAGACAUGCAAUGUUGGCUGUAGGUUAUAAUGAUGAUUUGAAAAAAUUCAUCGUUCGAAAUUCUUGGGGAGAAGAUUGGGGUGCGAAAGGAUAUUGUUAUAUUCCAUAUGAUUAUAUGAUUGAUCCGAACUACUGUCGUGAUGCAUAUGUUAUUCGUCAUAUGGAAACUGAUAUGAACGGUCAGGAACAUUGGUGUGAUGAUGAUUCAGAGGAAGGUGGCGCAUCUUAUGCUGCUGAAGAUGAUGGCAACGAGGUUGAGCUUGAAAUUAUAGACGAAGAACUACAAGAAGAAGAAGAAGAAGGUGCAGGAGAACAAAACGAACCAAAAGAACAAGAAGAAGAAAAAGAAGACGUCGGAGAACAAAACGAACCAAAAAAACAAGAAGAAUCAAAUGAAUAA